UGCAGUAUCUGUCUCAUUGCCUCAUUCACUUCCACCUCAAGCCUGGCCCAGCCCCCACUCACCCAAGGCCCAGACUUUCAAAGAAUGACAAACAGGACCAAGAACACCAGGCCUCUGUUCAGGAUGAAUCGGCACAUCAGAACAGUGGCCGGCACUACCAGGUCUGCCAAGUCAAAGACCCUCCUCCUGCAAUGCCAGUACUCACCCAAGAGAGGGCCCUAUCAGCCCAAAUCUUGGUGUCAGCAGGCAUCUCCAAAUUGGUGUACCUUACUUGUCACCAGCUCCAAGCCCCAGACAGCAGUUCAGAAGUCUCGUUACACAAUCUGGGACAAGCCAAAUGCUAGCAUCUUCAAAAUCACCAUGAUUCAGCUGACACAGAAUGACUCGGGAUUCUACUGGUGUGGAAUCUACAACGCUUCCGAAAACAUCAUCACUGUUCUUAGAAAUAUCAACCUGGUGGUGUCUCCAGCCCCAACCACGUCUCCUACGUGGACCCUCACCUGGCUCCCAACAAACACAGAUGGGGCCAUCCAGUUGCAGGAAAACAAGCUCAGGGAUUCCACAGAUUCUGCAUUACGGAAAUCAAGUGCCCCCAUCUGCCUUGGCUCAGCGGGCCCCAAACUCCUGGUCUCUGUGUUGUGUGGACUCCUCCUGGCCAAGGGCCUGAUGCUGUGAGUCCCGUUUGUGUUCCUGACCUGCAGGUGCCACAGGACAGCAGUGAUGGAGGUUUCUGAUUGUAUCAGCCCAGCCUUGCCCCAGGACCCUUGGGUGCAUGAGUCACAGCAUGGAUCCAGGAUGAAUCCCAGUUCUUCCCCU